CUCCGAACUCGCGAACUGAUCACCGAGCUGCCCUUGACGACCGAUACGCUUCGGCUGAACCCUGUCAACACUCCUACACCCACAGCGUCGAGUUUUACUGACUUCGAAGAUGACACAGAGUCAGUUCGAACGGACCUACGGGGACGAGGUGGAGAGACGUCAGAACCAGUUCGCGCCUUUGGUGGUUACAAUCGACCUAGUGCUAUUCUCUUCGACUUUGAUCCGCGAUUCGAGAAUUCGCGCAUCCUUCUUGCCAAUGUGCACUUUGUGCAGACGCAACAGGACUCGGGCCAUUCCCUGUUGCAGCACUACAAUCGGCGAUUUUCACUAGGUGAGGGCUUUUUCGAGGCUCAAGCACCGUGUCUGUCCCUUGUGCGACUUCCUUCCUGGCAGAGAAUCGCGAAGACACGAGACUUUGGCGGAUUGCCUGACUCUCUUUUACAAGAGCAGCGUGCCGACAGGCGAUUGGGGAGCGGAAUAAACAUUCUUAAGGUCUUCUACUCUCCCGCCGGUCAUCUUAUUUUUGCUGUUGUGACAACUACUUCGACAUGCAGGUGCGGGUCGUUGGCUCAGGCCCUACUUUUCAGCAAUUUCUGUCAAAGCUCUAGUGAGACUGUAUCAGGAUCCGGAAAUAGUCCUGACUUGUCUCAACAGCGUCAUUGGAGCACAGGAGAGGGUGGUAUUGGUGAGGUUGGAUCUUUCACUCCUCAGCCCCCACCCCCGCCUCCAGGAUACACACCGCUCUUCCUUACCGUCUUUCAUAGCGACAGUUUGGACACACUUCGAGUAAUACGUUUCGACCGCCCUCUCUGCCCUCUACACACCUGUCCGACCAACUAUAUGCCCAUAAUGAGUAGAUGUGGUGCUCGACUGGCGUUAAUAGCUUUAGCUACCGUCGGAAUUGGUGGCGGUAGUGGUGGCGUGAAAAGGAGGUAUAGAGGAGGAAGAAGAGGUCUGGUAGAGGUAGAGAGCAGUGGUGGGACACCAAGAAGGCGCCGAGUAAACACCAUCAAUACGUCUGAAUCAGCGGCCAUAACCGCCGGAACUGCGACAAAUCGACCUGGAAGCAGCCAUCUUUCCACUAAUUGGUUGGAGGGGGACUGGGAGACGAAUGCGUGGGCUGAGGACGAAAUUCAUCCCCCCGGCAAAGCCGCAUCAAUAGAUACUGGCAAUAUUAGUCCUGGGCGUAGAAAACUACAGGAAAUGGUUUUCGUCUAUCAGUUGGAACCUCCUCCAACCUUGCAAGCGAUUGCAAGGCAGAAGAUUAGACAAUACUACGCCGACUCUACACUCGAUCACCUGGGACUACCACCAGGACUGGUGGCGUACUUACGGUUUCAACCGUCCUUUAGUUGUUCUGGAUCCUGUCUAUCCCGCUCAGAGAGCCUCUCGACUCUUUCAGCGCUUCUCACUCCCCUCCGCAGCAACUCUCUCGAACUCUAA